CUAUCUACUAUCUAUCUACUAUCUAUCUACUAUCUAUCUACUAUCUAUCUACUAUCUACUUUCCUCCCUUUUUAUACAAAAGUAUUGUAUCCUUCAUAUCACCUAUUGAUAAUACUUAAUUUCCUCACUCUUAUCUACUAUCUCAAGUACCAACUAUCGUUCCACCCUCCAACGGUAGACAUACAUACAUACACAUCCUCCAUUCGCCACUCGGAUACUAUACAUCAAAAUUUAUUAUUACCUUCACCACCUAAACAAAAGAAAACUACCACACAAUCAACAUGCACCUCUUCAACUACCUCCCCGUCGCUCUCACCACCCUCGGCCUCACAGCCUCGGCCUCUCCUCUCCGCCGUGCCGACAGCCCAGCCCUAACCUGGCACGUCUCCAACUUCACCACCGGCUGCUCCCCGGCCGCCUGCACCUACAGCUUCAACAUCUACGGCGUCGCCACGGCCAACACCCCCGGUUUCAACGCCACAUGCACUGGUAACUCCAACAACACUGCCCUGACUGCCUGUGGUGGCAACCCUCAGGUCCAGUCCCGCAUCCAGCCCGCUACCUACCCGGAAUGGAACAUCCGAGUCGAGCAUGCCUGGACUCUGCCCGGCGACAUGGAAUUCUAUGCUUAUGGCGAGACCAAUGUUACCUCGCCGACGCCGAAGUUCACCAUUCCUGUCACGGAGGAAUAUGGUGUUGCUUAAAUGCGCCUAUAGUGGAAUUGAUAGAAAAGGGGGUGGGAAAGUCAAAUGACUUGAGGUCAUGACAUGGGUUACUACAGUAUAGAUGGUGAAGGGCGGAAUGAGGUCAAAUUACUGGAAAUAUUUGCGGUUUUAGUUAUGUAUCAUAUUGAUAUGGAUUUGUUGGGCUGGUUCUUCAUGACUGUUUACAGUUUGGUUUUCGUUGGGUUUAUGAUGAGAAUAGGGUUGAGGAUCUAUAAUGUCUGGUUACAGGAUGGUCUGGUCAUGAUGAUUGAUUGAUUGAUUGAUCUGGGUAAAUAUAUC